AUGCUGAGCAACAAAACAACGAAAGUGCAGCAAACCAAUUCAAAAGCCGUUCACAAGAUGUCGCCAAUGGUAACAUGUGAAAUAUGUAAACAGAAAAUUGAAUCGAAAAAAGCAUUACUUUGUUCACGAUGCAAAAAAUAUUUUGAAUUUGACUGCACCGGUUACUCUGAAAAACUAUACUUGUUAAAAGACAUAGACUCGAGAAAAAAAUGGAUGUGCAAAAUAUGCAAAGAAAACUCAAAGCCAAGUCACACAGAGUCUUCUUUCGUUACAACGAGGAAAAAACCAUUUACGCCAGGAAUUGCCAAGAAAAACUCACCCGUCGUUACGCAAAUGCCAAUACAGUCGACACCAAAAAACACAUCAUGCCAUUCUGAAGACUCACAUGUACUUACCCUACAUAAUAUAUCUUUGGAUAACUCACCUUCAAUGUUAGACCAACUACUCUCAAGAAGUAUGUAUUGCACAGUUACAGACGCAAUCGAUGUUCAAGAAUUAAAAGAAACUAUUAACGGAUUACAAUUAGAAUUAGCUAGUACACAGAAGGAAUUGGAAAACUAUAUAUUAGAAAAUAACGCCCUUUGA